UCCAGGAUCUGGAUCCCCACGUUUGUAAAGUUUGGGUAGAGGACCUAUGCAAAAUGCGCCUGCGUGUUAGCAUGUCUGCCACUUCCUAGAUACAGAGGAAAGAGCCAACGUCUUGCUGCGGCCCCAUCACAACAUCAGAUCACACGCGCACAACAAAGUGUGCUUCACUGGCUACUGCCGGAGACACAAUAACCCGGGGUUUUCAGUCAUUUCUUCAACCUGCGAAAAUGCCUGCCGCUUUAGCGGAUACCAGUCAAAUUAUCUGUGAAGUGUGGGCCAGUAACGUUGAAGAGGAGAUGAGGAAAAUCCGACAGAUCGUUCAGAAUUACAACUUCAUUGCCAUGGACACAGAAUUUCCUGGCGUGGUUGUUAGACCAAUCGGAGAAUUUCGGAGCACUGUGGACUACCAGUAUCAGCUGCUGCGAUGUAAUGUUGACCUACUGAAGAUCAUCCAACUCGGCCUCACGUUUAUGAAUGAAGAUGGAGACUACCCGCAGGGGACAACAACAUGGCAGUUCAACUUCAAGUUCAAUUUAACGGAGGACAUGUACUCGCAAGACUCGAUAGACCUCCUUCAGAACUCUGGCCUGCAGUUUAAGAAACACGAGGAGGAGGGAAUCGACACUCUCUACUUCGCCGAGCUUCUCAUGACGUCAGGCCUGGUGCUGUGCGAGAACAUCAAGUGGCUGUCCUUUCACAGUGGCUACGACUUCGGCUACCUGGUGAAGCUGCUCACGGACGCCAGGCUACCGGAGGAGGAGCACGAGUUCUUCCACAUCCUCAACCUCUUCUUCCCCGCCAUCUAUGACGUGAAGUACCUCAUGAAGAGCUGCAAGAACCUGAAGGGGGGUCUUCAGGAGGUGGCAGAUCAGCUGGAGCUGAAGAGGAUCGGCAGGCAGCACCAGGCCGGCUCCGACUCGCUGCUCACUGGGAUGGCCUUCUUCCGUAUGAAAGAGUUAUUCUUUGAAGACAACAUCGAUGACGCCAAGUACUGCGGCCGGCUGUACGGCCUGGGCUCGGGCUCGUCCCAAAACCAGAACGGCAUCUCAAACUCCUCCCAGGAAGAGAGCAACAACAAGCACUGACCCCUGACCCCCACACUCAGCAGGAGACAGACCAUGAUGCACUUGUUUUCAAUUCCAUUCAACAACCUUGUGUCUGCGGUAUCAACCCUUCCAGCAUCAACCCUUCCAGCAGCAAAGGCAACUCUGUUUGCAAAACAAACACAACAAACCCCCCCAAACAACCAACAAUCAUUCCAGGGGACUUCAGCAGAUUCUCCUCUCGCUCAGAAUGCCCAGUUGGUGUUGCAACAAACACAAAACAAAAAGAAACCAGUCCGAGACAUUUGGAUGAAGUUAGGUUUUGUAUUCAACAGUGUAUAUUCCGUUUUACUGCAUUACUUCUAGUUCUUGGCUGGAGUGGGAACUGUGCCCCAGUGCAUCAUGGAUACCAGCGAGAUGUAGAGCGCUCACUCUGCUCAACAUCCACCAGCUAAACACACACGGCAGGCCACUCUGGCGCGGGUCUGGCUCUGAUCUGGCCCAGGACCGGGCCAGAUGUGGGCCAGAUGAGCCAGGCCCGCUCCAGAGUCCCCUGCCGCCAGGGCACAGUUCUUCCCUCCGGAUCUCUGAGAACAGGGGAGAGAUGUGGAGUCAGACCGAUCGUGGGAGUUUGAAGUUUUUAAUGUAAGCUUUAAAAAGAAAAAAAAAGAAAAAGAGAAGUUGGGUUCCUGACCAGUGUUUCUGCGUUUCCCCCCAGCAGAGUCUGUGUGGGUAUUUUAUUUGGGUUGUGCCCGCCGGGUGGCACAGGCUGGCAUCGGCCCGGCAGCCAUGUCUUCUACUCCCUGAGUGCCCCACCCAUGUGUGUGGGCAUCUUUUUAUUGUAAAGGAUAUGUGUUGUUUAAAGCUGUUGUACAUUAAAAUGUUUAUAUCCAU